AUGGCUUCCAAAAAUAUAUAUGAUGAAAUAAGAAAUGAGAGAAAAAAGAGGAUUGAUUCCCUAUUCAAAGGAGGCUCUCCUCCUACAGAAUACUCAUUAAACCGUAAAUUUGUACAAUUAGAGCACCUUUUGGAAAAGGAAACCCGUAAGUGGUGGGAAAUUACCUCACUAGAGCAAUAUCUAGCCUCAAAUAUUAUACCUCGAGGACUAAGAGUUUUAAAAGUUCCAGCUUUUGGUCUGGAAGACCACCAAUUAAUGAAAGACUGGCAUCAAGCUAGCGAUGAAUGCUCUAAGAAAUACAUGGUUAGCUUGAUUGAUUAUCAAAGGAGAUCUCUCACCUCACUAGAGGAUGAAAUUAAAAUCUUAGAGAAUGAUAUCUCCAAUUGCAGGGAACCAAAAGCCGUAGAGAACAAUUACAGUAUUCUCAAAGAGAAAAUAAAGACUGUUGAUGAGAAAAUCUCAACAACAAAAUCCACCAAAUUUAAAAGAGACCAAGACGAUUACCAAAAGGUUCAAGCAGACCUUGAUAAACUAACUAAUAACAAAUACCAUCUUAACUUGAACAAAAAGAAAAGAGACGCCUUAAGAAGGUUAACUGAAAAUCCGAAUAUAAUCAUUAAGGAGGCUGAUAAGGGAGGUGGUACAGUAAUAAUGGAUAGAUCAUACUAUAUGGAAGAGGCAUAUAACAUUCUAAAUGACACUAACACUGCGACAAAUUUCAAAACUUGCUUGCUACAACUAAACUGCCAUUUUACAUGGGAUCUAAUAGAUGGUGAAAUUGAUGAAAUAGAAGAAAGACUGCAAAAUCAAUUAAAGUUUUUAGUCAGAGAGAACAAACACAUGGUGUACAAUCUUUUGGCUUAUAUAAAACAUCUACAGAGUGAUUACACAGAAUCCAUUGCUAAUUUGGAUGAAGCGGAAAGGAAUUGCUUGUCUACAUCAAAUGGACCAAACGGCAAACUUCUGGUUAUUUAUGGUAACUAUGCCUGGGUGCACUACUACUUAAAUCAAUUGGAAAAAUCUCAACUGUACAUUGACAAAGUAAACAAUGUUUACAAAGAAUUAAAGCACACAGAGAAUCGUGAUGAUAUAUAUCCUGAAAUAUAUGGUGAGCAGGGAUGGUCUCUGUUGAAUUUUAAUAAAAAAUAUUAUGAAAAAGCCAAAGACUGUUUCGAGAAGGCACUCAAAGAGGCUCCAGAAUAUCCUGAGUGGAACUCUGGUUACGCAACUGCAGUUUAUCGAUUAGAAAGUUUUCAAAACGUAAAAAGUCCAGGUCUGAAAUGGGAAUCAUUAAAUCUGUUGAAACGAGCCAUAGAACUAAAUCCAAAGGAUUCAGUGGUGAAGGCACUUCUUGGUUUGAGAUUGCAGGACCUGAAGAGGACACAGGAAGGACUAACAUAUAUAGAAGAAGCUCUGCAACAGACACCAAACCUUCCAUAUUUACUUCGCUAUGUUGCUAUAUUUUAUAGAAGAGCAGGGAUGAUUGAUGAAGCCCUUCAUGUUCUGAAAACAGCUGUGAGUUUAAUACCUAAUUCAGGAUUUCAUCAUUAUUCGAUCGGCCUAUGUUACAGGAGCAAAAUGUCUGAAAAGAAAACAUUAGCAAAAUCAGAUUUUAAAAAUAUUAAAACAUACUCAAGGGAAAUACAGGAACUACUUCAGAAGGCCAUAUUUCAUUUCAAAAAAGGGUUGGAAUGUAAAAAAACAUAUAUGUAUGCAUAUAUUGGUUUAGCCAACAUGUAUACAGAGGCUAACGAAUACAAAAAAGCAGAGGAAACAUUCCAGACAGUAUUGUCCUUUACAAACCUUACAGAUAAUGAAAAACAACAAAUUCAUUUCCACUAUGGUAAUUUUGAACAAUUUCAUAAAAAAUCUGAAAAAGAAGCUAUACGUCAUUACAAAGAAGCACUCCUCAUACCAGGUGCUUUCUAUAAUAAACAAAGAUGUGAGCAGGCAUUGAAAAAACUGGCAGAGCGGAAGGUCACUAGAGACCCUACAGAUGCAUCUGGAUUCAGUCUGCUUGGGUUUGUUUAUAAAAUACAGAAAAAGUCAACAGACGCAAUUGAAUGUUAUGGAAAAGCCCUGAAGCUGGAUCCACAUAAUGAAGAAUAUUUAAGUAAUCUCUGUGAAUUGAAACUAGCAAUAUAA